UCGAAUGUAAGAUGAUGAGAAUAGUAUGAGAUCACCUAUUGAUAAUUAGUUGUGAUGAUUAGCAGAGAAGCGAGGCGUAAUAAAAGGGAAAGCAAGUGGAUAUAGAAUAGUAUAUCGAGCAGGAGCGAUUGAAAUUUGAAAUCGUCAGUAUAAGUGAAAGCAGAGAAGGUUGGUAGCGAUGACCCUCAGGCUAGUGGUAAGGCCAGGAUUCCAGGCUGAGAGAUGGAUAGAGCUAUCGGCAGCACUUGGUGUUUAUAUAUGUAUUAGUUUGAGUUCCAGAUACGAAUAUUGUGUAAGCUUGUAAGAAUUGAAUUUAUAAUUUGGGAUUUGGGUUUGUAAUAAUUAAAGUUGUGUUGUGGCUUGUUUUAUACUUUAACCUGUUGCGAUCCAUGGACAGUUAAGGGUCACUGUAUAUAUUAUAUCAUUAAUUACAGGUUUAUGUUAAGGUGUGGACCCCAAACUUCUGACCCGGGUUUGGAGGGCGUCACAGGUUGGUAUCAGAGCGACAGGUUUAAGUCAAUGAAACAAGCCUAGAUUGUUAGGUUGGGUAGAAGUUUAGGAUUAGAAAUGAGUGAUAGGUAGAUAGAACGUUGAGAGGGUGAGAAUUAUUCGUAAUAGAUUUAGGAUUGAUGUUGGUAGUGGAUACAGAUUCUCAUACGUGUUUGUUCAUGUGGAUUCUCAGACUAUCAGGCAUGUCAGGACCCAGUACCCCGGUUCAUUCUGACCAUUCAGAGUCGACAGUUGAGGGACUUCCACCUCGUCCAGGAGUUGUACCUAUAUCUCCACCCAGGGCACUUACACCCCCACCUGUAGCAGGACCUUCACGUCCACCUGGAUACCCUCGUAGUGGACAGACCCCUAUUGCAGCUGUACCGCUUAGGGCUAUACCCCCGUCUGCACCUGAGAUGCCCCCACCUGCUCCCAUUAUACGACCUCCUAUCCGUGGACCUCCACCAGAGCAUGAGUCUUCGGGAUUUUCAGGUGUCGGACCCUCUUAUCCGUGUUCCCCUCUUUCAGUACCCUAUCACUACUAUCAGGCACUUUUGAUGGAGAGAGAUGAGUUGUUGGGCCAGAUUGGGGAGCUGACACAGGCGAUGAGGGAUUUAGAUCCUAAUAGGGCAGAGCGACAGUUGAGAGAGGAGAUACGUGCUUUUUGGAUAGAGGCAGUAGAGAGGUUAUGUGGGAUUACCGCACCACUUGGUACCCCUGGAGAUAUUAUAGAUUGGGCUCGUUGGGUCUUGGAGCGGCUGGAUGUUAUCGGAGGACCAGACUUUCCCUAGGUUUGGAGUAUAUCAUGUGUUGGAGAUGGUUAGUAAUAUAGUGAGUAGUGUGUAUGAUGCAGUAUGU